AUGGGCAAUCAUUGGAAUGACGGUGUUGGUGUUGUUGUUGGUUGGCGAUGUGGAUUGUUGUGGAGCGUUGAAGGCGUUGAAUGCACGCGAAAUUCGACGAAUGGAUGGUGGACUGUACUGAUUGAAGUCAUGCGAGCACUACAAUGUGAGGGGAGGCAACGUUGGUAUAGUAUGAAAGAAACAAAG